GUUUUUAACUAGCGCGGAUAACAGCAGCCCCAACUUACCUUCCUAUUCAACCGGACGACUGUCAAACCUUUGCCGGUUAGGCUGGUUCCUGUCACUCGAGAUCGUCUCGGCGCCAGGACGGGACUCGGGCUCGCGCUCCGCCUCCCAGCAGCCUCUUCGCGAGUCG